GGCGGCGAGCGCGUUCGCGUCGUGCAGCUGCUGCCUCCGGCCAGGGCGCGAAGCCGGGAGGCGCGGGCAUGGAGGAGCAGGCGGCCGGGCGCCCCCCGCCAGCAGCCUGAGGACGCCCCCCGGCCGCCGCCUGCCCAGCAUGGCCCUCCCGCUGCUCCUGGUGGCCGCCCUCCUGGCCCGCCGGGGGGACGCCACCGAGAAGCCAGGGGUUGGAUCUGCCGACGCACAAGAUCCUGGCUAUGACGUCGUUCACCCCGUCAAGGUGGACGAGCGAGGCUUUUUCCUCUCUUACAACCUGUCCUACCGCUCGCUGUACAAAAGGGCCAUCUCCUCGAGGAAUCGCCCGCUUGCUUUCUACAAGCUGUACCACCGAGGGCAGGAGCUGAUGUUCAACCUGAGCCUGAACAGCCGCCUCCUGGCUCCUGGCUUUGUCAGUGAGAGACGGUUUGGAGGCAUCGCCCACGCCAAGAUCCAGGCUUAUAAGCAGAACUCGUGUCAUAUGAUCGGGUCCGUUCAGAACCAGGAACAAGAAAGUGGAUUGGCUGCUCUUAGCACCUGUGAUGGGCUGAAAGGAGUCUUCCGGCUGGCUAACGAAGACUUCUUUAUCGAGCCACUGCCUGAGAACAACUCCAGGGAGAAGGCGGCCCAUCCCCACAGGAUAUAUAGACGCCACGUCCCAGAUUAUGAGGCCGAAGAGUUUAUUUCAGUCGUGAGCACGAAGCAAGACAGGAAGCAGUCUGCCAUUGUCAGGAUGUGUGGGGUCCAAGAAAGCCUCGAGACCUCUGAGAAGCAGAGAGAGAAGUGGGAGGAGAAGCGGCGGAGGAAGCGGCGGAUCAAGCAGCGCUCUGUCAGCAAGGAGAAGUGGGUGGAGACCCUGGUGGUGGCCGACACCAAGAUGGUCAAGUAUCACGGCAGUGAGAACGUCGAGAAGUACGUCCUGACGGUCAUGAACAUGGUGGCCGGAAUGUUCCACGAUGCCAGCAUUGGGAACCCUAUCCAUGUUUCCAUUGUGCGCCUUAUCUUCCUGGAAGAAGAAGAGGACGACCUGAAAAUCACUCACCACGCAGACAACACCUUGAGGAGUUUCUGCAAAUGGCAGAAGGCCAUCAAUGUGAAGGGGGACGACCAUCCGCUGCACCACGAUGUGGCUGUUCUGCUCACAAGGAAAGACCUCUGUGCCGCCAUGAACCGUCCCUGUGAGACUCUCGGCCUGUCUCACGUCUCCGGCAUGUGCCAGCCUCACAGGAGCUGCAACAUCAACGAGGACACGGGGCUCCCUUUGGCCUUCACUGUGGCUCACGAACUUGGACACAGUUUUGGGAUUCAGCAUGACGGAAGCGGCAAUGACUGUGAGCCAGUUGGGAAAAGACCUUUCAUCAUGUCUCCACAGCUCCUGUACGACACCUCGCCACUCACCUGGUCCCACUGCAGCAGGGAGUACAUCACCCGCUUCCUCGACCGGGGCUGGGGGCUCUGCCUGGAUGACCCACCGGCCAAAAAUGUGAUUGACUUCCCCUCCAUCCCUCCGGGAGUCCUCUACGAUGUCAGCCACCAGUGCCGGCUCCAGUAUGGUGCCUACUCCACCUACUGUGAAGAUAUGGAUAGUGUCUGCAGCACGCUGUGGUGCUCCGUGGGGAACACGUGUCACUCCAAGCUGGACGCAGCGGUCGAUGGCACCAAAUGCGACGAGGGCAAGUGGUGCUUCAAUGGGGAAUGUGUCCACAUGGGAUACCGCCCUGAGUCCAUCAACGGAGGCUGGGCGGCCUGGAGUUCCUGGGCGGCCUGUUCUCGGACCUGCGGGGCGGGCGUGCAGAACGCAGAGCGGCAGUGCAACAGCCCCACGCCAAAGUACGGUGGGAAGUAUUGCCUGGGGGAGAGGAAGCGCUUCAGGGUUUGCAACACCAAGCCCUGCCCCUCUGACGGACCCUCUUUCCGCCAACUCCAAUGCAGCCGCUUCAACAGCAGAGCCUACAAGGGGAAGCUGUACAAAUGGACCCCACUCCCUAAUAACAUUAACCCUUGCGAACUUCACUGUCGCCCGGAGAACGAGUACUUUGCAGAAAAACUCCGCGACGCUGUCAUUGACGGGACCCCAUGUCACGAAGGAAACUCGAGCCGAGACAUGUGCAUUAAUGGGAUCUGUAAGAACGUCGGUUGUGACUAUGAGAUUGACUCCUACGCCGUGGAGGAUCGAUGCGGCGUGUGCCGUGGAGACGGGUCGACCUGCGAGACCGUCAAGAAGACCUUUGAGGAGAGUGAUGGGCUGGGCUACGUUGAUGUUGGGCUCAUCCCAGCUGGUGCACGAGAGAUCCAAAUCGAGGAGGUGGCGGAAGCAGAGAAUUUCCUGGCCUUGAGAAGCGAAGAUCCAGAGAAAUACUUCUUGAAUGGCGGCUGGACCAUCCAAUGGAACGGCGAUUACAAGGUGGCCGGGACCACCUUCACCUACGAGAGAACUGGGAACUGGGAGAACCUCACGUCUCCAGGCCCCACGGAGGAGCCAGUGUGGAUUCAGCUCUUAUUCCAGGAGAAGAACCCAGGAGUCCGCUAUCAAUACACCAUUCAAAGGGAAUCUGAGAACGAGAACGAGAUCACGCCGGCCGAAUUCUUUUGGCAAUACGGACCCUGGACAAAAUGCACAGCCACCUGUGGCACAGGGGUCCAGCGGCAGAUUGUGCACUGCAUGGAGAAAGUGGCUGGGAUGGUGGAGGAGCACUACUGCAAUGUCCUUAGCCGGCCGGACGACAAGCAGAAGAGUUGCAGCGAGGAGCCGUGUCCCGCCAGGUGGUGGGCUGGCGAGUGGCAGGCGUGUUCUGCCACCUGUGGGGACACUGGGCUGAUGAAGAGGACCGUCCUCUGCAUCCAGAGCGUGGCGCUGGAUGAGCAGCGGGCUCUGCAAGCCAGCAAGUGCCAACAUCUCUCCAAGCCGGAUGCCACGGCCCCCUGCAACCGAGAGGUCCUCUGCCCGGCUCGGUGGCUGGCUGGCAAUUGGUCCAAGUGUUCAGUCACAUGUGGAAGUGGGAUACAGCAUCGCCUGGUGUACUGCCCCAAUAAUACCAGAGCCAGCUGUGAUCCGGGGCAAAGACCAGCCUCCGAAAUUGCCUGUUCCUUGCUGCCCUGCUGGAACAAGAUUGAGAGCAUCUUCCCAGACUGGUCAGGCUCUGGUUCCUCGAGCCGGGAGCUGUACAAUGAGAUCAAUUUCAUCCCAAGCCACCCCAUCCCUCGAUUCAGCCCUUUGUCACCCAAAUCUGAAGACCUCAAUGCCAUAAGGGAAGAAGACUUUUCGCCCGGCAACAACAAAAAGGGAAACGUGUUUGUGGAUGAUUUUUACUACGAUUACAAUUUUAUCAACUUCCAUGAAGACCUGUCUUACGACCCAGCUGACGCGAAGAGUGGCGGGAGAGAGGACUUGUUGCCGGAUGUUGGGGUGAAGAAGGUCAGCGACGUGAAAGAGGACCCUCAAGAAAUGGCUCCCGAUUCCCUCCCUACUGUAAAGCCAGAGAUGGACCAUGGAAGCCCAACAUCUCCAGCUGUUGGGCAGAAUAACAAAGGGGUAACCAGUGGGUUUCAAGAGCAUAGCACUGCUGUCAGUUGGCAUGGUUCUUUGGGUACAGCCGUUGCUGUCUCUCCGACCUCCUCCAUGGCAGUUAACGUGAAGGAGAACCCACCAGCCAUUUGGGGAGAUCUUCCUUCUUCCACUUCUGCAGCUGCAACGGAUUUCCCUUCUGGCACCAACACCCGUGUAUCUGUCAAUCAUGCCCAAGAAGACACCACACGUUGGGAAGGGAAGGUAGCAAACACGGCCCCCUCUGUGAUCUUCCCUUACUUGACUCCAACCGUACCUUCUGUUGAGGGCAGCCCCAGUCAAGACCAGAGCUGGAAGGAAGACGUUGGAGGUUCAAAGGUCCCAUAUCUCAGAACCUUCGGAGACAAUGGCUUGUUGGGCCGUGGAGAAGGUGGUGGUGCAGACCGGACCAUCGUUGAUCUCAAAGAUGACGUUGGUGAUGGAGGCAGAAUGGAAGAAGCCCUGGUUAGGACAGUCGCGGCAGCAACUGCCGAAACAGCAUCAAAGGGGACGCAUGGGAACUUCAUUUCUCCACUGCCUGGUCCUACUGAAACCACCCUUCACCUUCCAGCUCAGGUCCUAAGCGAGACAAGCAGGAAGCCUGAUGGUGGUGUGAGUCCGUACGACGUGGCAAACAGCAAGAGCCUUGCAGCAGAUGCACAGGACCUCCAACACUCUCCUGCUGAUGUAGUCAAGGCCAAGGGCGAGUCUCCCUCCCUGGAGUCCACACCCACCUUUACAUAUGAGCCACCUGGGCUUGACAGCAAUACGGUUGAGAGGCAGCCCCCUUCCAGCCGCGUUCUGCUCAUGCCACACAGUACCAACUCACUGGGGCGGCAGCUGCCAACUGAGCCGACGUCCUUGGAGUGGGGGCCCUCCUCCCCUGGCUCUGUCCCUUCCAUGCCACCUGCACCAAGGCGGAAGGAGGAGUCUGUUGGAAUGAAAACCAAGUGGGACGCUGAGCGUAUCCCUCCCAGUGUGGGGGACCAGGGACUCUCUGGGGGCAGAAAUAAAAGUGCCCCCCAUGGGGCUCACUGGAUGUUUGCAAGCAGCCAUGGAGGUCUCGGGCCCAGGCCCACGACUGCAAGGCACCAGGAGGAAAAGGAGGACAGGAUGCUCUCGGUGGCUCCUCCAGCUACUGUCGCAGCUGCUCUGAAUGCCAGCUGGGAAGCUGGAAACUGGAGUGAGUGCUCCACCACAUGCGGCCUGGGCGCCAUUUGGAGAACAGUGCGGUGCAGCACAGGGCAGGAGCAAGACUGCAGCCCUGCCCGGAAGCCCAUCCCUGCCCGGAGGUGCUACUUGAGGCCGUGUUCCAGCUGGCGUGUCGGGAACUGGAGCAAAUGCUCCAGGACCUGUGGAGGCGGUGUGAAAGUCCGGGACACCCACUGCGUCGACAGCAGGGACCAGCGGCCCCUCCGCCCCUUCCACUGCCAGGCUGUGCUGUACAAGCCCCUCACCCAGAUGCCCUGCAAUAGCAAGCUGUGCCUUGGCUGGUACACCUCUACUUGGAGAGAGUGCUCUGAGCUGUGUGGAGGAGGGGAGCAAGAACGCCUGGUGACCUGCCCGGAAUUUGGACGGUGUGACGAAGCCCUCCGCCCGAACAACACCAGGCCUUGCAACGUCCAUCCCUGCACCAAGUGGACAGUGGGAUCCUGGGGGCAGUGCACGGCCAUGUGUGGGGGAGGCAUCCAGAAGAGGCAGGUGAAAUGCAUGAACACCAAGACUGGGGAGGUGGAAGAAGACAGCAGCCUUUGCGACCACGAACCGUGGCCAGAGAACACGCAGAAGUGCAACCCCCAGGACUGCAACCCCAGCCCACCAAGUUUUGCCUGCGAGCGCGACAGGCUCUCCUUCAGCUUCUGCCAGACGCUGCUGUUCCUGGGCAGGUGCCACCUCCCUACCGUCAGCCUCCAGUGCUGCCAGACGUGCCGUCAGCAGGGCCAUGGCCCCCGGGACCGCGGGAACGAGCGGGCUUCCCGGAAGUGAGCACUCCCAUCACCUCAGGACCCUUUCAGGCGCAAAGAAGCCAGCGGUGGCCUCGGGGAGAAAUGGCUGCCUAAGACGCCUCGCGGGCUGCUUUGAAGGCAGCUCAGCCUCCGUCUCUGUCCAAUUGCUCUCCUCUCCUUCCUCCCAUGGGACCUUGGCUGGUGCUGUUCACCGAGGUUGGACAGGCAUGGUGCUUUAACUCCAGUUCCUCUCACCAAACUGCCCUCAGGACUACCCAAGUCUGCUGCCCUCCAAUGCGCAGCAGAGGAGAAUCUGCUCUGCAAGGCCACGCGCUGUACCCUACAAAAGCAAUAACUCUUGGCAUGAUCUCAGAAACAUAUCUGGUGCUAUCGUCGGGUAUAUUCAGGUUUCACUCGGUGUUGGCGGGCCAGCACGAAGCUCUUGACUUGAGUGAUUUCUUUUUAAAAAAAAAACAAACAAACAGGAAACACACACAAUUUUUUUUUGUAUUUUGUAAGAACGGGCAUCCAGCAUACCUGACCAAGUUGCUUGACUGUUUGGUUGCAUUUGUUGUGAUAGGGAUGCCUUUCUCCCUGGUGGUUGGUGG